AAAUCACUAGUGGAAUUUGAGCACCUGUAGAUCAAAAUCACUUCAAACUCUGAAAUCAGCAACGCUCAGAAGAAAGAUUCACAGAAAGUUCAAAAUCCUCCAAAUCUGAAAUAAAUCGAAAGAGAGUGUGAUUGAAUCCGAAAAUCAAUUCGAAACCAGCACAGAUAAGAAGAAAGAUUCACAAAAAAAGUGCAGUUACCGUAAAAGCUUAAACAUGGCGGAGGCCGAAGUCUUAGGGAAAAUUCAAGAUCUCGAGAGUUUACAUGUUACAUGUACCGAUAUGGACGAGCGUGAGAUGCUCGAGGGCAAAAUUGAAGUGCUGAAAGAGAUAUUGGAUUUGUUGAGAGACAUGAAAAUGGAAGAGAGGAGCAUGCCAAAAUAUUUAAUAGAUGACUUGGUUGAGUUCGGUCAAGAUUAUAUGGAAAUGAUUAGCUUGAAUGAUUGUUAUAAAACUGCCAUGUUAAGGGGCCUCAGAUAUCAGAUCGAGAUGAUAAACUUUGGACCUGAUGAGAAAAAUAUUGGAGAUGAAAAAAAAGAAGAAGAAGUUGUGGUGGGGUUGGAGGAAAUCGUUAAGAAGUUGGUUAAGAGAGCGAUUUUAAAAAAUUCUAAUGGCUCACAGAUUAUGUCUAUAAAAGGCAUGAUUGGUAUCGGGAAGACAACUCUGGCCAGACAACUGUACAAGGCCGGCGCUAGCCAGUUCCAGUGUCAUGCUUGGGUAUGCAUUACUAGUGGCACGACUAACAAAGAGAUGCUUAUUAAACUGAUACAUCAAAUGGUGGAAGGAUAUCAAAGAGAUCCGUCAUUGGAAGAAAUGGACAACCGGAGUCUCCAACAUAUGCUUCGCCAGCACUUGCAAGGAUUGUCAUAUUUCAUAGUUUUGGACAAUAUGUUGAAGGAAACAAAAUUGAAGUACAUCUUGAAAUGUCUUCCAUCUCCAGACAUUUUUGGAAGCAGGUCGAUUUUGCUGUUAACAAGUCGGUAUGAGUUUAGAACACCUGAUGUCAAUUAUACUCAUGAGAUGAAAGCUUUGGAUUCUGAUAACAGCUGGAAAUUGUUUUUGAAAACAAUUAAUAAAUUUACAAGUGAAGAGAUUAAUUUCUCCAAAGAGUUGGAGAGGAAGGGCAAAGAGAUGCUGACAAAAUGUGGAGGUUUGCCGAUAGCUAUAAUAGAUGUUGCAAGGAAAAAGGCAAAACAAAGACUUUCGGGGAUUAAAUGGGAAGAACUUUUUGAUUCAAUUGAUUUGAGUGAAUCGUUGAAAUCAUUGGAACCGAUGUAUCAUGAAUUGGAGGAAGAACUCAAGCCACAUUUCUUGUAUUUUUCCUUUUUUAAGGAAAAUGCAAUAAUGAGAGAAGAAAAAAUGGAAAAGAUAUGGGCUGCAAAUGGAUUAGAUGUUGUACUAGCUACAAAAAUUUUUGUUGAUAGAUCGAUUCUUGAAGUAGUGAAGAAGAAAGUUACGAAAAGAACGUGUCGCCUCCAUCCCCUGUUACACAUGAUAUCAAUCCAAAAAGCGGAAGAAGGAAUGGGCUUAGAGAUCUUAAGGAGCAAUGGAAACAGUAGGCCCUCUCAGAAUGCCCGUCAUCGUGUUAUCGUUUGUGGCAGAGACAAAUUUAAUCAUUUCUCAAUUGAAGGUAGCAAACAUCUUAUUUCUCUUAUCUUCCAUGGAGGUGGUGGCUACUUAUACGAAGCUAGCUCGUCUUAUUGGGAGAGUUUUCAACUACUCAAGAUACUUGACAUGGAAGAUUUUGGAGUGAAGACUUUAUCCGAAACAAUCGGUGCAAUGGUUGAAUUAAGAUACUUGGGAUUGAGAAACAAUUACUUACAAGUGAUUCCACACUCGUUGGUGCACCUGGAAAACCUUGAGGUUCUUGAUAUAGCUUUGAACUUUAUUGUGGAGGUCUCGGAUAUUAUGUGGCAAAUGAGCAACCUUCGUUUUCUUCACAUGUCUGAUGUGAUUUUCCAGAAGCCUUUGAAAGUAGAUGCGCUGUGGAAGUUGGAGACCCUAACAUAUAUCUCGAUUUAUGAUUGGACAUUUGAGGGCCCGGGCUUCAAUAUAAUGUAUGACUUCCAAACUUUGGGCAUUGAAGAAGUUGAUGAUAACUCCGAUGUAGGCACGCUCUUUGCAAAACUAGCUGAGCUUCCAAACUUAAGAUAUCUAUUCUUAAGAGGGUCUCGUUUUAGAAGCAUGCCGUGUUUGGAGGAAAUUGGUGCUAUACAAGGACUCAUGGUAUUAAAAGUAGAUGGGCGUAUAGAUAGGCUACCAAGUGCUGAUAAGCUACCUAAAUGGAUUACUUACAUAGCAUUGGUAAAUACUUGUCUUGAUAAAGACCCCAUGCCAAUAUUAGAGAAGCUCGGUAUCCUAUACAAGCUCAAAUUGCGAAAUGCAUACACUGGUCGAGAAAUGGUGAUCCAGCAAGGCGGAUUUAGAACACUCAAAGUGCUUUGCAUCAAUGAAUUGUGGAAUCUAAGAAUGAUACAAGUUGAUGAUGAUGCAAUGUGGAGUCUCGGGAAACUAGAAAUCAACAACUGUCCAUAUCUGGAGACACUCCCGGAACGGAUUAGGUGGAUGUCUGAACUGCAAAAGUUUAAGAUGGUAACAACAAAACACAUUGCAACAAAGAUCAGAAAUUCAGGUUUGACCUCUGAAAUUAUUGAGGAGGAUAUCCAUCCAUAGUUUGAAGUUGAUAUAUCUAUCUGGUUGACAUUGCUGAAGUUCCUGAUGAAACUAAAGAUAAUGAGAAUCUUGAAAGUGAAUUUUUUCCGCCAUGGCAUCCAGUGCCGGUCACCCCUUUGCCAGUAUCCAAACUGUCGCAAGGUCAAAGGCCUUUUCCGCCAUGGCAUCCAGUGCAAAAAGCGUGCUUCGGGAGGCUGUCAUUUGUGUAAGAAAAUGUGGAACCUCCUCCAGCUUCACGCCCGAGCCUGCAAAGAAUCCAACUGCGGUGUACCACGUUGCUGGGACCUGAAGGAACACCUGAGAAGGCUGCAGCAACAGUCAGAUUCACGACGAAGGGCUGCUGUAAUGGAAAUGAUGAGGCAACGCGCAGCAGAGGUCGCCGGCAGUUCUUGAUCACCCCAAGUUGUACAUAGAGAUAGCGAGCCAGAAAAUCCUGUAGUUAUUGGAAAAUCUACAUUGCCCUUUUCGUCUCAUUCGAUGGAAAUUGAAGAAGUAGAACUGAAAUCUGUCACGACAGCCUGAUCGAAUAGGAAAAGCAAAGGAGAUCGGCUUCACCAUCAACGAUGUUUCUCGUUAUUAUCAUAGGAUGUUUAUAGAUCAGCAACUUCUUUUCUUCUGCUUCAAAACUUGCUACUGUAAUUUAAAUGGGAAAAGAAGGUACAGAAAUCAGUCUUGAAUUUUUUGUAUUUGUUUACUCAGUAUUUCAUCCUUGCUAUCAUUUGAUGGCUGAGUGUAUCAUAGUAUCUUUUACUUUCAUAGUUUAAAUGGAGAAGAACAUUUUUCCA